CUUGCUGUCAAGGCGAAAAAUUUUUUGAAAUUGGUUGGAAAAACACUAAGUUUACUUCCUUGAAACAAACAAGGCGUUGGCUUAGCAAAGACGGAUAAAUCAUCUGUGCAUCUGCAAUGAGCACCGCUAAGUGUGAUUCAGAGUGGCAAACAAUGAAUAUAUUAGACGUUUGCUUGCUCUUCCUCAACACGGUGAUUUGGUUGGUCCUGGUCAUUUUGUCGCUGAGUUUAAAAAUGCGCGACGACAGGCUAAAUUUGACUCGUCGCCAACGGGCUAAAAUUCCUUGCGUUAGUCGCAGGGAAGUGAUCGGACCUGUCGAAGAUGACGCUGGCUACCUUUGUCCUGCUGAAAAUCACGAAAAAAAGGUGGAGGUGGAUGAUGGGAACCUUUGUCCUGUUCCGAAACUCAUGCUCAAGGUGCCGAUUGUGGAACAAGGUGGAGGAAGUUCAAAUGAAACAGAUGGUUUGUACCUGCAUGUGCUGAAUCAUGUCGCACCAUCUCAGCCGGCCCAGUACGUGGAAGUUACGAAAUAAAAAUAUGCUUGUAGUGCGAACCACUACAAUAAUUUAAACCUAGCAGUAUCAAAUUAUUUUGUUUAAGUUGAAAUUAAGAAGAAAUAAAAGAAGUACUAAAAAUCUG